UGAAACGACCUAAUCGUGAUAAAUCUAUCGUUUGCAGCCGCUCUGUGUGGCGGCGUGUUAGAAACAAAGUUUGAAUUAAAAAAAGUGAUAAUAAAAUGAGUUUAACAGAAAAAUUGACUGCAAAAAAGCCUGAUGCACUCCUCGGCAUCAGGCAUCUGCAGACCCUGAUGCUGUUCAUCGCCAUGGUGCUGGUGUACGGCAUGAGAGUCAACAUCAGCAUGGCGAUUGUGGCCAUGACAGAUAAAUCUAAUGAGAACGCAUUCGACUGGAGCAUGCAGACUCAGAGCGUGAUCCUGUCCUCGUUUUUCUGGGGGUAUGUGAUACUCCAGAUCCCUGGCGGGGAGAUGGCCGCCAGGUUCGGGGGGAAGAUCCUCGUCACAGUGUCCAUCGGAAUUAACUCCAUUGUUUCGUUGUGUAUACCCAUCGCCGCUCACUAUGGUGGUUGGCAAGCAGUUUGCGCUUGCCGCGUCCUUCAAGGUUUAUCGCAAGGUUUUAUCUAUCCGUCAAUGCAUAAUUUGAUUGGAAAGUGGGUGCCCAUAGAAGAGAAGAGUAGACUGGGAACCAUAAUAUAUGCUGGUGGUCAGUUGGGUACUGCAUUGCAGCUCAUAGCAUCAGGGUUUAUAGCUCAAUACUGGGGCUGGCCCGUGAUAUUUUACGUCAACGGAGCCCUCGGAGCGAUCUGGACCGCGUUCUAUGUGUUCGUGGGGUCUGCUUCCCCCGAAACUUCGGGCAUGAUCAGCGCUGAAGAGAAGCUGUACAUUCAGACUUCAUUGGGCCAUGUUGGUAAAACAAGGAAAUUGAAAACACCAUGGAAGUCGAUCUUAACCUCGCUGCCGUUCCUGUCGCUGAUAUUCGUGCACUGCUGCCAAGGCUGGGGCUUCUGGACCCUCAUGACUGAAAUGCCUUCGUACCUCAACCAAGUUCUGGGAGUUGACAUAAAAUCUAACGGUGUGAUGUCAGCACUACCGUACUUGGCCAUGUACUUGCUAAGUUUCCCGUUCGGUUUCUUCUCCGACUACGUCCUCAAGAAGAACUAUCUCACCAUCACUACUACCAGAAAACUGAACAAUUCUAUAGGUCUGUUCGGUCCUGCGAUAGCUCUGAUUGGUCUGUCAUAUUCACCUGCUGGUAACGUGACUGCCGCUGUCGUGCUGCUCACUAUCGUAGUGGGUCUGAACGCUGGUCAUCUUACUGGUUUCAUGUUAGUCCACAUUGACAUGGCUCCCGACUUCGCGGGCACUCUGAUGGGCAUCACCAACUGCAUAGCCAACAUUAUCUCCAUCAUCGCACCCCUCGCUGCAGGCGCCAUUUUAAAAGACGAGUCGGACCCUGGGGAAUGGAGGAAAGUGUUCUACGUGGCAUCUGGUCUUUACAUCAUUGGCAACACGUUCUACCUCAUAUGUGGAACCAGCGAGAGACAGAGAUGGAACGACGAGGCCAGCAGCAGCGAAUCUAUCGAAGCGCCACCAGAAUCGAGAACAGAAAAAGCGAUAUAAAUUUAUCAUAGGUGAUACUGUUUUGUUAUUUUUGUACCUGAUAGUUAUUAAUUUUACAAUAAAUUAUAAUAAAAUA